UGGCUCAUGUGGGUGAGAAUCUUGUUUCUGGAACCUUCAUCUUCCCCAGACCAGGAACCACCAUAAUAGGAACUGCCUUCAUUGAUCCUCCUAAAAUCUCGUGGUCUUUUCUAUUUCCUUGGCCCCAAGAAACUCACCGGCAUCGACCCCAAUUUGGCGAGCGACCUCCGAGAACCUCAGCGACUCCUCUGCCCCUAGGGGAUUCCCUCGCUCCCUCUCGGCUCUUGGUCAACAGAGAAGAGCUCCUUCCAUCGAUUUCCAAGAAUCCAGAGACGAUGGCUGCAAAACUUCUUGCCAACUUAAUUAUAAUGGGUUCUGGAAUAUUGGGAAGGGCUGUAUUGCAAGCGUAUCGCAAAGCAAUUGAGAAUGCCAACAAAACUGGUGUUGCACAAGAAACCAUUAAUAAUAUUCGCAGAGCAAGCCGAGCUAUGACUGAACAGGAAGCCAGGCAGAUCCUAGGAAUCCCUGAGCAUGCAACAUGGGAAGAAGUCAUGCAGAAGUAUGAUACUUUGUUUGAGAGGAAUGCUCAGCAUGGGAGCUUCUACCUUCAGUCAAAGGUUCACAGGGCUAAAGAAUGUUUAGAAGCUAUCUACCAACAGAACAGUCCGGCAAAUUCUUGAGAUCCAAGUACCUGUCUACUAGUCUGAAAGCAGCUUUUGCUGUUCUGGUUCUAUACAGUAGUUUUUACCCAUAUUAUUUCUGAAAUUGUAGCUUGUAUAUAUACAAAUGUUCUCAUAUCUCAAGAUGCUUUAGCGUAACUUGCCAAUUGAUGUAAAGUUGAUAAAAGAAGAGCAAAUUCCUAUGGAGUAAGAUUAAUAAAUCGAUUAAAAAUUCAAGGUGUA